AUGCUAAAUUUUUUGAAGUCAAGCGAGAUAUGCCCCAGAUGUAAGGAGUCCAAGGAGGAUUGUGCUGCCCAGCAGAGGAACAUGAACUGGUUCGAGUUCGGAGUCAACCUCUUCAGUUUUGGGCAUUACCAUAAGUGACACAAGGAGAUAUACUCAUUAGGGACAGUCGACUUUACGCCUAGCGAAAGUUUACUCGGAGCUGAUCACAAGAAGCUUUCUCAUGAAAAGCCAAAGGUCGUGUCUGAGGUCAAUAAGAUGUUCCAUGAUGAGGAUUAUGGAGAAUACUCCGAAAGUGAGUCUGAUAGUGACUCUGACAGCGAUUCUGAUAAUGUCCUUCCUAAUGCUCCACCUAAUGCUCCUCUUAAUGUUCCACCUAAUGUUCCAUCUAAUGCUCCUCCUAAUGCUCCACCUAUUGCUCAUCCUAAUGCUCUUCAUAAUCACCCUAAAUUUCCUGUAAAGCCCAAUAAGAUGCAUAAAUAUCAACUAUCCAAAAAGAAGAAAGCUUUUGUGAAGAAGUCUGUCAUGAUGAUCCCUGAGAAAAAUUUUGACAAAAAUUUUUCAUCUACUUACUACUUUAAGGCUUUUAACAAAACUGAAAGAUAUCCUCCGGUGAAGGAGGCUGUCGAUGAUCUGAAGAAACUGUUCAGUAACAAUAAGGAACUUGCCGACAUUGUCCAGUUUUACCAUGAGAUGUAUAUUGAUUCGGAUGUAAAUGUGAUUACCGGAAUCUGGACAGAGAGCGACAAGUUGACCUGUUGCAUUAACGCCGGCCUGAUUCUUGACGCAGUGGAGGCCUUUGGAAAAGACGUUUACAAGAACGUCAAUUUCUUCAAGAAAGUACUAGCUGAGAAUAAGACAGAUUAUAAGACCGUCAUUGACUUGUCGAUCAAGUUCAUGAGACUCCUCAACACCUUCAUUGUUGACCUUGGUACCAUGUAUAAUACUGAAGAUCGUGUUGUGUACAGAGGUGUCAGAGCUGAGAUAUUUAGCGAUGUUAAGGAAAGAGAAAUUAUCAGAAUGAUAGGUUGGAACUGUGCUAGUGAUGUAUUAGACGAGGCAGUGAAAUUUGAAACUAAAAAAAAAGAGGAUAAACAAACAUCUUCUUUGGUUAAGUUUAAUGUUAAAGCUAUGUGCUUCAACGCUGGACAACUAAAUCAUUUUGGAUUUUCAUCAAAUGACCAUGAAAAAGAAACCUUAAUUCCUCCUUACUCAGCAUGUAUAUGUAUAAAAAAAGAGCAAAUGGUAGAUACAGAUUUCGAUGAUGAGUCUUUCGAUACUAAUUACACUAAGGAAGAAGUAAAAGGAGCAGACCCUGGAUCUAUGCCAAUGAUGGGUGUAGAUAAGGAUAAAGACUCUAAAAAGAAAGCUGAUGUGGAUAAAACUAAGAGAUGGAAGACUGUCUUUGUGAUGAACUUGGCUAGAGAUAACAAGAACAUUCAAGAUGACUUAAGAUGUAGCUUUUAA